AUGAGCCGACCGAGCGUGGACAGCACGCAAUGCAAUUGCUGCUUGUUGAUCCUCCAUGGUCGGAAGAGGGGACUCGGGCCAGAGUACUGGGAUCAGGCUACUUUGAAGGCAUGCAGGAAUUACAUGCAGUACAUCGUCGAUGCGGCUUUAUCCUUGAUGAAUGAGGGAAAGGGAGCCGAGGAGGCUCGGUUUUGGGAUCAUGGGAUAUUGAGGGUUGUUGUCAAUGUGAGAAGGAGUAUGGGCCAACGGUAG